UUUGAAUUUACAUUACUUUCUUCAUCGGGUUUGAUCAGUUUCAUUAUUUUCGAUUUCGAUAAUCGCAGUGCCUGUAAUUUGCUGAUUUACCAUGAAAUUAUGAUUCAAAAAAUGUGCCUAUAAUACUCGUUCUACAGUCCACUGUUUUAGAAUGAAAGACCGAGGUUGUGCUAAAGACGUAUGCAGACAUAAUUUUUGGUAUGUGCAACCAAGACAGUUAAGCAAUAUGCAUCCUCCUAUCGAAAUGAAACCGGAAACACAAUAUCCCGAAGGCUGCAUGUGUAAUGAGAAUAUCACAGAAGCUUCGAAAAAGCCAAAAAAGAAAGUAAGGUUUUCUGAUGAAGUGCAAAUCUACGAGCUUGAGAAACCAGUUGAUUUCUGCAGAUUAGGUGGCUUGUGCAGCUGUUGUCAAAAAGCGUCUCUUCAAAGCCAGCCUCAAAAUGUUGGCAGACCAGUGCUGAUAUAUGAAUUGCCAGAGCCCAAAUUUGAUGACACGACGACAAAUAAAAGAGAUUUCCAGUGGCAUGAUAUGCCUAAAAGAGAAAUACCACCGUGGCAUCCACUAAUAAAAGAUCGAUGGUUUUUAUUGGAUGUACCGAGUAUCAACAAAAGUAUUUAUCAGAGUGAUUUCACUCCACAAGUUGCAGUUAAGGAGCAAAGGAAGCCAGUGUAUCUUGCACCUAAUAAAGAGCAAAGCGAUCCUUGCCAAGAAUUAACAGAAGCUUUUACUGCUUGGAAGAAGACAACAGAGAGCCCAUGUCACGAAGAAAGUGUAAGAGAGAAACUCGCUCUUGACCACCAGGGAAAAAGUUGUAUACCAUGUCUCCCAGUGUCAAAUGCAUAUCAUGAUGUCUUGAAAAUAGCAGUACCUGUAAAAGAGAAUAAAAACUUUUUUCUUUGCGAAACAGGACCGUCACAGGUGUCUAAAUAUUGGUGGAAAAGAACAUGUUGUGACCAUGAGGACAAAAUCGAGCCCAAUGUGGAAGACGUUCCCCAAGAACUAACAAAACCCACCUGUCCCUCUUAUGCCACAACUUACCGGCAUGAUUUUGUAUCACCCGAAAAGUAUGUAAGGGAAUCGCAGAAAUCAGAAGAGCAAUAUUACUGUACUCAAGAAAAGCCAGAAACAAUUUGCUCUGACUCUGAACAGCUUGCUUCUUAUUCAGUUUUUAAACAAGGUGGACUUAUAUGAAAGAAAUUUGUGUAAUAUUUCAAAAGAUUUAAAACGAAAUAUUUUAUUUUUUGUUUCAAUUACUUUAUAAUUUAAAUAAAGAGAGCA